GUGAGAUUCAGCAGCAGUCAGAUGUAUACUUUCCAAAUGGAGGAUUCAUGUUCAGCUCACAUUGGAUCGCCAGCAUCUGACCUGAUGUGUGUCAUUUCUUAGCAGCCGUGACUAGGACAGACAUUAAAGAGAGGAGAGGGGCUCACAUCGACACAAGUGAGGAGAGCUCUCAGUACAGAGAACACACCGAGCAGACUGGGGACCACUUGAUAGAGAUAUGGGGUGUAGGCUUCCUAAGUUGCGGAAGGCAGAAGAGAGGCGAAGCCCGGGUAAUAUCUACUCCACCCUGCGAAGGCCUCAGGUGGAGACCAAAGUGGGCGUGGCAUACACCUACCACUUCCUGGAUUUUCUGCUGGGGAAAGAAGAGGUGCCGGUGUCAUCGGUGCUUUGUCUCUCCUCCGUCAGAGAGCUUCCUGUUCAGGUCAGGGAGCUCUACGCUCAGGGUUUUGUCCUGGUCGCCGUCCACCCGUUUGUCCAUCCCUGCGGACCUCGUAACGCACACAUCCAGCGCCAGCUCCACCGGGCCGUGCUGGUCCGAGAGACGCCAAGUUCAGAGAAGAGCCAACUGAGGUGGUCGAGACAGCGCCUGGAGACAGAUGUGUGUGUGGCCAGUCACCAGGCUGCUGACCCAGAAGUCAUCCAGAGCUAUGUCAAGAGGAUCCAGGAUGUAGCGGAGCAGGGGGUGAUGUUUGUGGGCUUCCUCCAGCAGCCAGGCGGAGGACCCUGCUACUCAGGGAGCUGGGACCCUGAGAAUCUGUCCUCCUUACAUUCAAGCCCCUCACCUAUUCACCGACAUCCCUUCAGCGCCAAAAACAGCCCAACAGAUCCAACAGAACCACAUCAUAAUGAGCCCGGGUUAGAUCAUGAAGGUGUAGAAAAUUACACACAGGACGACGAGACAAGAGACGUCAUUCCUCUGAAACCCAUCCAGAGUUUAGAGCUCGACCAAGAGGAGGCCAGUGAGCAAAUCUUCAACGAGUCACUAGAAUCAAGGAACCAACAUCUCAGCGGUGUGGACACAGCUUUUAAGCGUUCAAAUCAGAACCCAGCAGAAGCCCAGGUGAAGCCGCUGUGUCCCAGCCCUCCAGAAGCUGCAGGUAUAAUCAGACAGCAGAGAGGCCGUCUACCAGACCUCCAAGAGUCCACAGAGAAACAUUUGGAUCUUUCCAAUCAGACAGACAGACAGAGCUCGAGCUCCUGCAGCUGGCCCAGCUCUCCUGAACUGGAUCGAGGCACGGAGAGAAAGUCCUCCUGCACAGAGGGGCAGAGCAGAGCGACGACGCACAACAACAACCAUAUCCGGAUCAAGGGUUCAGAGAAAGAUGAGAAUGCAGCUACACCGCCAGCGCAGGGUAGGAUGCAGCUCUUUGCCUUGUACAACCACACGGAGGAGCUGAACACUUCUCUGAGGUUCUACUCUCUCAGGGUGCCGCUGCAGGUGCAGAAGGAAGCAGGGCUGAUCACAGAUGUCGACACAAACUGGCUCGACCACAUGACUCAGCAUUUCACCAGCGGGGCGCACCUCAUCGAUGGGUUCUUCCAACUUGAAGACAAUAACGACAAUGGCGUUUCAUCAGUGGACAGUGUGUUCAUCUUCCAGAGCUCCGCGGAGGACGCCACACACACCUCCUACGACGCCAUCGUGGUGGAGCAGUGGACCGUUGUUGAUGGAGUUGUGGUGAAGACAGACUACAUCCCCCUGCUCCAGUCUCUGGCUCCCUAUGGAUGGAGGCUGAUGUGUGUGUUACCCACACCCAUUGUGAAGACCAACAGUGACGGGAGUUUGUCGACCAAGCAAAUCCUCUUCCUUCAGAGACCCGUUCUGCAGCGCAAGAGAAAAGACUUCAAGAUGCGCAACCUCAGGGGUCGCAGCAAGGCGAAGAAGAAAACUACCGGGGAAACGGAAGAGGAGAGGGAGAACAUGUCCCCUCUGAUGGAGACGGAGAUGGACAGGUUGAGGAGGAACUCAAAGGAGGAGGAAGAAGAAGAAGAAGAGGGGAGAAAGAGCAGGGGCAGCGUAAGGAGCGAAGGUGGAAAGGAGAGUAAAGAGGAUACACACCAUCAAAGGGGCUUCUGGUUCUUAUCGGGGAGCAGGGCUUCUGUCGAGGAACAGGAAGAGGAAACCGACGUGGACGAGAUCAAGCUGUCCGAGCUGGAGGAGAGAUGGACAGAUGUGUGCCGGAGAAGUGACGGGGGGGUCAAGGAGGAGGGGAAGACAGAGGAGAGGAUCAAGCAGCAGCUGUUUUCAGGCGUCUGUUGACACAUUGGGCACAAAGCAGGCGAGGGGGGGGGGGGGUCGGUG